AGAUAAACCAAUUGCAAAUAUAAUAGUAAUAUACUGUUUGAAACGUAUAAACGCGUACUCCAAAACCGUCUCCUUGCGAUAUUUCCUUUGACUUUGGCACGUCGCCAACUAUGUGCCACCCUCAAACACAAAAUUAAAAGAAGUCGAUCGCGGCUAUAAAUAUAUCAUCACAAAAUUAUACUUCUCCAUCACCGUUAGAUCACAGUCUUCUGAGAAAUGGAGAAAGUAGUAAUUGUUUUUGUAGUUUGUUGCAGCAUUGUAGGGCUUGCUUCUGCUCAGUUGAAAGUAGGGUUUUACACUCCUAGUUGUUCCAAGGCUGAAUUGUUAAUACAAGGAAUUGUACAACAACGUUUUAACAGAGAUCGUUCUAUUACAGCUGCAUUGCUUAGAAUGCAUUUCCACGAUUGCUUUGUUCGGGGGUGCGAUGCAUCAAUACUGAUAGACGACAAGAAAUCCCAUUCCGCCGAGAAGGACGCGUUCCCGAACCUGACCGUCCGCGGCUACGACCUCAUCGACGAAGCCAAGAGGGCGGUGGAGGCCAUCUGCCCCUCCAUCGUCUCCUGCGCGGACAUAAUCACCCUCGCCACCCGCGACGCCGUGGCCCUCGCCGACGGCCCCAGGUACGACGUCCCCACGGGCCGCCGCGACGGCCUCGUAUCCGACAUGAACGAGGUCGACCUCCCGGGCCCACAAGAGUCGGUGGCGCAGGCCUUCGCCACCUUCCGAGCCAAAGGCCUAACCCUAUCCGAAAUGGUGACACUCUUGGGCGCACACACCGUAGGUGUGGCGCAUUGUAGCUUCUUCCAGGAGCGCCUCGCCAAUUUCCAGGGCUCCGGAAAGCCCGACCCGAGCAUGGACCCGGGCUUGGCGGCCCGCCUGCGGAAAAUCUGCGGAACGAGCAAGGAUCCGCCAGUUUUCCUGGAUCAGGGGAGCUCGUUUGCGAUGGAUAAUCAGUUCUACAAUCAGACGGUGUUCAAGAGGGGGAUACUGCAGAUUGAUCAGGAGCUGGCCCGGGAUAGGUCCACCGGCCCCAUUGUUUCGGGCUUCGCCUCCAAUGGCCCCGCGUUUCACCGGAGUUUCGCCAGCGCCAUGAUCAAGCUCAGCAAGACUCAAGUUCUGGUUGGGAAAGCCGGGGAGAUAAGGAAGAACUGCAGGGCUUUUAAUCCUAAACGAGGCCUCCGAAUUUGAGAUUUAUUUCAUUAUUUCAUUGAUUGAUGACGAUUAAAUUAAUAGUAUUUCUUUGGGUUUCAGAUAUAUGUGUUGUGUUUAUUAUGUAAUGCCUAGCGCUAUAUGUUAUACUUGAUGUAAUAGUAUGAAUUAAGGAGAAGUUUACCUUUUAUGAUUCA